AUGGCUACAAACAAUGUCAUUCAAGCAAUAAUAAUGGCACUUCUUCUUGUUGUCAGCGUUGGAUAUAUCUUCAUGUACAUCAUGGGACCAACAAAUCUUUAUAGACAAAAAUGGCUGGCGAAGAUUCGAACGGAUGCUGAUUCAACUUACUUUGGAGCUCAAGGGCCAUCCAUGUUGAUUAACACAUUUCCUGUACUCUUUGUUGCUGCUUUGGGCUGUGUCUAUCUCCACUUGAGAAAGAAGAGCAUUUCUGGUGAUCAGUAUCACCAUUCCAAAGGAAAUGGUGCGGAAAAUGCAUUGGCUUCAUGGAAGAGGCCGAUCAUCAUCAAAGGACUUGGGAUUGUUUCUCGAAUCGAGUUGGCUUUUCUGGUGAUGUUCAUCGCCCUUCUUGUCUGGGUUUUUUCAGUCUCCUUGCACAACGGUUACGCCAAAAUCACCCCCAAAUCAGCUGCAAAAAAUGGGGAGACAGUGUGGCAAGCUAAGCUGGAUGGUGCGGGAUUAAGGCUAGGAAUAGUGGGCAAUAUGUGCCUGGUGUUUCUGUUCUUCCCGGUGGCGCGUGGAUCGUCAGUGCUGCAAAUAUUUGGGCUGACGUCAGAAGCAAGCAUCAAGUAUCAUAUCUGGUUAGGACACAUCGCCAUGGCACUCUUCACUGCUCACGGAAUGUGUUACGUCAUCUUAUGGGCUGUUACACAUCAACUCUCCGAGAUGUUGAAAUGGGCAAAAACAGACGUAUCAAAUGUGGCAGGAGAAAUUGCAUUGUUAGCAGGGCUGGCGAUGUGGGCUACAACGUUUCCUCGCAUUAGGAGAAAAUUUUUCGAGCUCUUCUUUUACGUUCAUCAUUUCUACAUCCUCUUCAUGCUCUUCUUCCUCCUCCAUGUCGGAAUCUCUUACUUUUGCUAUGUUCUUCCCGCUUUCUAUCUUUUCCUUGUUGAUCGUUACUUGAGAUUCUUGCAAUCUCGCCAAAAUGUUCGCUUAGUCUCCGCUCGGAUUCUACCUUCCAAAACUCUAGAGCUCAACUUCUCUAAGACAAGAGGUCUUACUUAUACUCCCACGAGCAUUAUGUUCUUGAAUGUGCCAAGCAUUUCAAAGUUGCAAUGGCAUCCUUUUACAAUUAGCUCAAGCUGCGCUUUGGAGCCUGAAAAGCUUAGCGUUAUCAUCAAAGGAGAAGGGAGUUGGACAAAGAAAUUGCACCAAGUUCUUUCAUCACCUUCUUCAGUUGAAAAUGUUGCCAUGUCCGUUGAAGGACCCUAUGGACCAAUUUCUACUGACUUUCUAAGGCAUGAUCUGCUAGUCAUGGUGAGUGGAGGCAGUGGAAUCACGCCUUUCUUCUCAAUAAUUCGAGAAUUGAUCCACACCAGUGAGACAUUAAAACAAAAGACUCCCUCAGUUCUUCUCAUUUCUUCAUUCAAGAAUUCAUCAGAUUUGACAAUGCUAAAUCUCAUCCUCCCCAUUGCCAAUACCCCAACCCAAAUUUCCAAUCUAGACCUACAAAUCGAAGCUUACGUGACAAGAGAAAAACAACCCGGUUCAUCAGAAACCAAGAAGAACAUAAGCACAAUUUGGUUCAAACCAAAGCCAUCUGAUUCACCAAUAGCACCAAUUCUAGGCCAAAACGGCUGGCUGUGGCUCGGCGCGAUUAUAUCCGCGUCCUUCAUCAUCUUCCUCAUCUUUCUUGGAAUUAUUACAAGAUACUACAUUUAUCCCAUUGAUCAUGGUACUAAUAGGAUCUACUCAACCUCUUCUAGAGCUGUUCUGAACAUGCUCUUCCUUUGUGUCUGCAUGGUUAUCGUGGCGACCGCGGUUUUCCUUUGGAACAAGAAACAAAAUGCAAUGGAAAACAAACAGAUCCAGAACUUGGAAGGCGCAACUCCAGCAGCCUCACCUAAUUCAUGGUUCUACAAUGCUGAUAGAGAAUUGGAAAGUUUGCCUCAGCAAUCACUUGUUUUGGCCACAAAUGUGCAUUAUGGUGAAAGGCCUGACCUCAAGAGAAUUUUGUUUGAGCGCAAAGAAUCCAGUGUUGGGGUUUUAGUUUGUGGGCCAAAGAAGAUGAGACAUGAAGUAGCUAAUAUUUGUUCGUCUGGUUUGGGAGCCAAUCUACAUUUUGAAUCCAUCAGUUUCAGCUGGUGAAGAAAAGAACUAAUACAAAUCGUUUUGUUUGAAAAAAUCAUUGCCAGUUUCAUAGCUCAAUCCAUUUCAUGUGGGCCCAAUUCUUCAGCCCUUUUAAAAUGUUCAGAGAUAGAAUGUAAAUGUAUCGCUUGAAGAAAAGAGUUAUAAAAUAUACAGUAC